AUGAAGAUUGAUCUGAACAAGGUUGCUCGUAAGAUCGAAGUGGAUAAUCGUAUCCCUCUCCGUAAUUACUACCGCAUCGCCGAUAAUCUCCUCCGGCAGGCCAGCAUAUAUCGCGAAGAGAAGAAUGUUGUUGAUUUGUAUAUCAUGCUUCUUAGAUAUUCGAGUUUGAUUUCUGAAACGAUUCCUUUCCAUCGAGAUUACCAGUCUUCGAUUCCACAAGAAAGGCUUGGGAGUAGGAAGAGGUUGCGCGCUGUAAUCAAUGAGCUCGAGUCUCUGAAACCGGAGUUCGACCGGCUAGUGGAUGAGCUGAACCGAGCCGACGAUGACUCCCAUAGCGAUUUCCCGAUUGUAUCAUAUAGUUCAGAUGCUGUUGAGUGGCCUCCUGUCCGUAAAGCUUCUUACUCCAGCCCUGAUGUUAAGAAGCAAGCCUUACCGACAACAUCUCAACCAUCCUGGACAUAUAACAAUACUCUGACUUCAUCUUCAAAUCGUACACAGAUUGAUCAACAGUUCCAGAAGCUAUCUUUUGAUUUUCUACCUCCAAACCAAGCGACCUUGUCUAGACAUUCAUUUCUAGGUCCAAAUGGUCUUAAAAGCCAAUGGGUUGCACCCAAGUCUGAGAUAAAGGUUCAGUAUCCGAGUAAUACCGGUUUGGGUUCUGCUGAAAUCUCAGGUUUGAUUGACGCUGGACCUAGCGGCUCCUCAGCAUCAGUUAACAAUGAUUCUCAAGGGGUCUCAACGCUGAACUCUGUGCUCUCCUUAGAUGAUGGUCGAUGGCAGCGUCAUUCCGAGGCGGUAAAUUCGCAGUUUAUCAGCGACGCAACCGAAGACCCCUUUAAUUAUGCCGGUAUGAAGCAGCCUUCCCCUCCUCCUGUGCUUGCUCAAGUGCAUCAAGAGGUAGCCCAAAUCUGCCCAUCUAAAGUAGCUGAUCCUAGACCAGGACCUGCAAUGCCUUCCCUAGAAGCAAAAGAAGGCACAAACUCUUAUCAGCAUCUGCAUGUUCCUGUGCGCAUAAUGGACGAUUUCUUAAGGCUAGCUCGGUCAAACACAGAAAGAAACCUAGAAACUUGUGGAGUGCUUGCUGGUACUCUGAAAAACAGGGUUUUUCAUAUCACUACUCUCAUAAUCCCAAAGCAGGAGUCAACCUCAGAUUCUUGCCAAACACUAAACGAAGAAGAAAUAUUCGAAGUUCAGGACAGACUCUCUCUAUUCCCCUUGGGUUGGAUUCAUACACACCCUACACAGACUUGUUUCAUGUCAUCAGUUGAUCUUCACACACACUACUCCUAUCAGAUAAUGCUACCGGAGGCAGUAGCGAUCGUGAUGGCUCCAACAGACGAAUCGACGCCUCACGGAAUAUUCCAUCUCUCGGAUCCAUCGGGAGUAUCCGUGAUCCGAAACUGCCAGCAACGAGGCUUCCACCCGCAUGAAGAAUCAGAAGACGGUAACCCAAUCUACGAGCAUUGCUCACACGUCUUCCUCAACGCCAAGCUCAAAUACGAAGUCCUCGACCUUCGUUAG